AUGAUACGGUACCCCGGUGCCCCCAUACAGGUGCUCAAAGUGAGUGCUGAGGGCCGGUUUGAACUAAAUUUGGAGGCCCUGUCGGCCAUUUUAUUACGCGACUCGAUCCGUGACAAACCCGUUGUUGUGGUCAGUAUUGCCGGCGACUUUCAUAGCGGUCACAUACAUAUAAUUAUUAUUUGUAUCCAACUGAACCGACCCUUUCGGGCACUUAUAGGCAAGUCCUUUAUGCUGAACAUUUUCCUGCGAUACCUGCAGUCCGGUUGCGGCACAACCGACGACUGGCUCGGCUCGACAGACACCCCACUGAAGGGGUUCUCGUGGAGGGGCGGCAGUGAGAGGGACACCACAGGUAUACUGAUGUGGUCGGAGCCGUUUGUUAUCAAACUGGCCGACGAUCCGGAAAUGGCGAUUGUUUUGAUGAACACUCAGGGAGCGUUUGACUCGGAGUACACCGUCCGGGACUCGGCCACUGUGUUCGCGCUGUCAACUAUGAUCUCAUCCAUACAGGAAUACGGACGACUGGCCCUCAGACAAACCCACGAGAAGCCGUUACAAAAGCUAAUGUUUCUCAUACGUGACUGGAAUAUCCCACAUGAGUACCCGUACGGUCUGGUCAAAGGUCAAUGGUUUUUGGAAAAUAAGUUGAUUGUUAAUAAUAGCCAAGUGCUUGAUUUGCAACGGAUUCGACGCCACAUUCGAUCAUGUUUUUCUCAAAUUGGCUGCUAUUUGAUGCCACAUCCGGGCGGCAAAGUGGCCACUAAUCCCCGCUUUGACGGCCGAGUGGCCGAUAUUGACGGCGAGUUUGUCGACUAUCUGAAGACGUUUGUGCCAUUAAUAUUACACCCGAUGAAUGUGGUCGUGAAGGAGAUCGGCGGCCGUCAGGUCACCGGCAAACAGUUGGAGUAUUUCAAAGUGUAUAUCCAUUUGUUUGAC